GGUGGAGGCUCUCAGAUCAGUGCGCUUGUUGUCUGACACACGCUUGCACUCACACAUUCUUAUGAGUUUAAGGAAUCCAUCGCCUGUGGUAAGAGUGACAGGAACAGUCAGCCAGGGUCGAGUCACAGCGUUGCGCAUGGUUUAAACACUUUAUUCACAUUGGAAGCUUCUCAAAACACAACCUAAGUGUCAUUGAAGUGAGUUUCAGCACACUGCUCUAAUGACAGCAAAUUUUUCUGUAACCGGCAAUUCAUUCUGUCAGCGAAUGGAGGCUGCUCAUGGUGGAUUGUAAGGAGUCAGUGUGAGACUUGCGUGAGGAUGGCAUGGGGCAUGUGCACCUUCAUGCUUUGCGUGACACUGUGGAUCUGCUCUGCAACUCAGUCAGCGAAGACUGUGAAUCCAAGAUUACGACUGUCUCACAAAGAGUUAUGGGAGCUGAACAGGACGAGGGUGUUCCAGUCUGGAGAGGGGCGUCUGCAGCACUACAGUAUGUUACUGGAUGAGACUCAGGAAAGGCUUUUCAUCGGAGGAAAGGACAUCCUGUACUCUCUCAAUCUGGAGAACAUCACUGCCCCUCACCAAAAGAUUCACUGGGUGAGCUCGGAGGAGCAGGUGGGGGAUUGUUUAAUGCAGGGCAGAGAGAAGCCUGAGUGUGCAAACUACAUUAAGUUGGUGCAGCGUUAUAACAGCACCCACCUGUUAGCAUGUGGGACUGGAGCCUUCAACCCAGUGUGUGCCUAUAUCAGAGUGGGCCAUGGAACAGAGCAGGAAGGAGAGUUCCGGUUGGAGUCUGAUCACAUACAGAGUGGCAGAGGAAGAUGCCCAUUCCAUCCCGGCAGCCCUUCAGCAUCCACUGUGCACCGUGGGGAGUUGUUUGUUGGCUUGUACACUGAUUAUUGGGAGAAUGAUGCUGCUCUAUAUCGUCUAGGCAACCGCAGCUUCAUUAGGACUGAAGUGGGAGACAGAAAGCAGAUGAAUGAGCCCAAGUUCGUUGGUUCAGCAGUGAUCCCUGACAAUGAUGAUCCUGCUGAUGAUAAGGUCUACUACUUCUUCACGGAACAAGUGUCCAACAUGGAGGGUGGAAAAAAAACAGUUUACACCAGAGUGGCCAGAGUCUGUGCGAAUGACCAGGGUGGUCAGAGGAUGCUGGUAAACAGAUGGAGCUCUUUCCUGAAGACUCGUUUGAUCUGCUCAGUGGCUGGACCCAACGGCAUUGACACACACUUUGAUGAGCUCGAGGAUGUGUUCGUGCUACGGAAGAAAGAUGAGAAACAUCCAGAGAUCUUUGGUCUGUUUAGCACCACCAGUGCUGUGUUUAAAGGAUACGCAGUGUGCAUGUAUAACAUGGAAGACAUCCGUGCAGCGUUUAAUGGGCCUUUUGCACACCGGGAACGGACUGACCACCACUGGAAAGUGUACAACGGCAGGGUCCCCUACCCACGACCUGGAUCAUGUGCCAGUAAAAUAAAUGGAGGCCAGUUUUCCAGUUCAAAGGAGUAUCCGGAUGAGGUCCUGCGUUUUGUGCGUUCCCAUCCCCUCAUGUUCCAGGAGGUGCAGCCCAUUCACAGGCGGCCCAUUCUGUUGGACACUGAAGGAGGACGUAAACUCACACAGCUGGUGGUGGACCGAGUGGAAGCUGAGGACGGACACUACAAUGUUCUCUUCAUAGGGACUGAUGAUUCUGUAGUAUUAAAAUUGAUCACAAUCUACAACAAAGAAGCCGACACAGUCGAAGAAGUUCUUCUGGAGGAAUUGCAGGUUUUCAAGGUCCCUGUUCCUAUAACUGAGAUCCUCAUCUCUACUAAACGACAACAGCUGUACGUGGGCUCUGAGCUGGGUGUAACACAGGUCCGUGUGCACCAGUGUGGGCUGUACGGUUCAGCCUGCGCCGACUGCUGCCUGGCCAGAGACCCCUACUGUGCGUGGGAUGGGUCGACAUGUUCCCGGUACUAUCCUGCUGGGCUCUAUACAAAAAGGCGCUUCCGACGGCAAGACAUCCGCCAUGGCAAUGCAGUUCAGCAGUGCAAUGGGCUUCAGCUUAGUGAAGAACAAAGCAUCUCAGAAAAGCUUGUAUAUGGUGUGGAGAACAAUAGCACCCUACUGGAGUGCAGACCACGAUCACUGCAGGCAUCUGUAACAUGGUACAUUCAACAUGGUGCGGACAUGGAGGAGGUGAAAGGCGAUGACCGUGUGAUUCAAAGCCCCCACGGCCUGCUGCUCCUUAAAUUGGCAAAGGGAGACACAGGAGUCUACGUGUGCCAGUCCACAGAGCACGGCUUUGUCCAGACGGUGGUGCGUGUCACUUUGGAGGUGCUGGAUGAGGGCAAAGUGGAGGGUUUGUUGCAUAUAGGGGAGGAAGGCGAUUCUGGACAAAAACCUCAACCCUGCUCCUUCCCCAGCCUGCCCUCCACUCCAUCCUCCUCAAAGCUCUGGUACAAGGAUUUCAUGCAGCUGAUCAGCUACAACAACUUCCAGCGGGUGGAGCAGUACUGUGAGAAGGUGUGGUGCGUGUCUGACAGGAAGAGGAAGAAACUCAAGGGAAUGGCAUCUAAAUGGCAGUACACACCUGGGACAGAGCAGCAGGGGAGAGCACGGGCGCCUCGACACAUACAGGGACAGUAAAGACUGUCAGAUGAGAGAACGAAACUUUUCAACUCAUUCUCAGUGCAGAUGAUCAUAUAUAGACAUUUUUAUUAUAAACAACAACAACAAAAAAGAAUAAUUCGUAUUUUCAUUAAUUCACAAUUCUUAGUCUUACUGUUUGGUAGUCAGUAUGCCAGAUAUUUAAAGUUACACCAAGUCAUUUUUUUCAUAGUCUUAAUAAAUGUGUGAAAGCAAAGUGAAACCAUUUACACAAUGCAAUGACACAAAUAUACUAUGUCGCUGUAUCAUAAUUUUUUCCUGAUGAUUUAUACACUCAAUCAAAAAUUUUGAGUCGUUAAGAUUUUUUUCAUCAUGUGACACCGAAGACUGGAGUAAUGGCUGAAUAAAUUACAUUUUAGAAUAUAUUAAUUUACAUUUAGCAUGCAUGCCACAAAAGUAGGAAGAGGAGUAUGGUAGCAUGCUGUUCCAGACAUAUUUAAUUAUUAUAACUUGGUGUACCUUUAAAAUAGAAAGUAUUUAUAGUACUUAGUACAUAGAAAGUAUUCUGAGUAUUUAUACAGGGCUCUUGUGUGACAUUUGUCUUGCAAAGAAAAUACUAAAGUUGCUUCUACGGGAACAUGCAGUGCUACCUGACUGACUGGGCCAUUAAAAGACAAGGGGUUCAAAGACCCUCUCAGGAUGUGAAAGGCAACAUUUCCUCUUGGACAGCUCUGAACAAUGACAAAUGGCAGAGACCAGCUGUCCUUUUGUCAAUGAUGUGAGAUUUCCUAUGAAUGACUUUUCCACUGUUGCCAAUUCAAGAGUUCCAUUCAACUGAAGAAACAUUUCCAUUUCCAUUUCUGUGAGCAGUUACUUGGCUUCAAAAACCCUCCUGAGAGAACUUACGCACACACUAAGUAUAUUUAUCUGUAUUUUCAGUAUUAUAUAAAUUAUUCAAGUUGGUGUAAAAUUUGCUAGUGUCUUUUGUAGUGGUUUUAGAUGUUCUAAUAGUUUUAACUGGACAUGAAAUACUGCAUUUCAGCUGUGUAUAUAGGUUGAUUGUAAUGCAUUUCUAGUGAUCACACCUUCAAACAUAUAUAUAUAUAUAUAU